UUAUUUUGUGUUAAACCAGUCCAUGUUUUUUUUUUCAAAAUAAGUUUAGAAAGGACACAAUAUUUAACUGUAAAAAAUGGCUUCAAGCACACUAAAUGAUUCAAAGAUAACAGAUUAUUUCCCACCAAGCCCUUCAUUGGAUGACUCCCAGUCCCAUCACACUUCACUGACUGAUAAAGAGUUAGAUACAAAUCUGAGCUCACAACAGUCAAAAGAGCUUGACCAAUUAUCUAAUUCUUCUGUGGUGAUCACCCCUAAAUCCUCCCCCAAUAAAGACCAGUCUGGUAAUGAAGGGGAGACUAAUGUUGCUGAUAACAAGGAAAGGGAGACUACUCAACAACCUGAAUGCAAAAAGACUCUUUCUAAAAAGUUGGAGGAGGAAGCUGUGACAAGUGAGCAGCCUCAAAGGCCGAAAUCCCGAAAGAAAGGACGGAAAAAGAAACAGGCAGUGAAACAGCCGGAAACCAGCAAAUCUGAUGCUACCAGUAAUGAUGUCACUAACAAUCCAGCCAAACCGAAAGCUCCAAGGAAAAAGAAGACAGAGUGUGAUGGUUUAAAGAAUACACUAGUCACUGAUUAUUUCCCAGUGAGGAGAAGUGACCGCAAAAGUAAAUCUGAAGUCCAGAAAGAGAAAGAUGAAGAAUUAUUUACAAAGAUAUUGAGUGGUUGUGAAGAUGGGCUCAAGGUUGAAGAGAUUGAGAACAAAGGUCGUGGUGUCAUGGCAACAAAGAAGUUUCUACGUGGAGAUUUUGUUGUGGAAUACUGUGGAGACUUGAUAAGUAUACCUGAGGCAAAGGAACGAGAUGCCAAAUAUUCCAAAGAUCCAACAAAAGGGUGCUACAUGUAUUACUUCCAGUUUAAAAAUAAAAAAUAUUGUAUUGAUGCAACAGCAGAGAGUGGUAAACUCGGUCGCCUUUUAAACCAUAGUAAAACCAACGGCAACUGUCACACAAAACUUAUAGAUGUACGAGGUAAACCAUACCUUAUCCUGGCUGCAUCCAGGGAUAUUCAAGAAGGGGAAGAACUCUUGUAUGACUAUGGAGAUGAAGCAAAUCCUCCUUGGAGUCGCAUCCUUGGUUGAAAGCAUGAUAGUGUAAAUAGUUAGGAAAAAGGGACAUUCAGAUAUUUUACCUCAUGCUUGUCGUCCAGUGAUAUUAUAGCAAGCAAUCAUUCAAUGCUCAGCUUCUGUGUAAAAGUUCAUUUACUAGUCAUGCAAAAGUAUUGAACAAUUUAAUCUGAAGAUUUGUCAUUGUCAAGCAUUUAAGACUGUUCUGACAAAUGUAGCAUUAUGAGACAGUUUGUUUGUCUAUUUUAAUGGGUUGGGAUUUCUAUAAAGCAGUAAGUUGGGGAAAACUGUAUUUAUUUUUUAUAUUUCACUUGUGCCAUUUCUUCGUGAGACAAGAAAUCCUAAUUUGAUUAUUUUAAUUGACAUUUUUUUUAGAUCAAUUAGAAUCUCGACAUAUCAGAAGUGUAACAGGAUAUUCCAGUGGCAUUAUAAGAUUGGUACGUGAGAAGAGUUGUAUGAAAGUUGAUUGUCGAAUGUAUAUAAUAUGAUAAAGGUGCUUCAGAAGGUGUUAAGUGUUAACCGACCUGUGGUGUAAUUGUUGUUGAUGUUACAAAUGCUUGUUGGGGGAAUUAUUGUGUAUGUUCAAAAGGGCUUUGGUGGAUUUUUAAAAAAAGUUCUACAUGCCAGUUAUUGCAUUUUGUGUAUGUUCCGCUUUCCUUUAGGGAAAAUUAAUAUUUAGACAUAACUGAUGUUUAUUUUUAUCAGAAAAUCAAUUGAAAUAGAUGAAUAGUGUUAUAAUUCUGCAUGGGAUGGACAUUUUUUCAUUACAUGAAAUUUAUCACUUAUUCUCCUAAAAGUUAAAAGGGACUUUAUUGUGAGAAAAUACUCAUGUUCUGAUAUUUUUGGAAAGUAAGAAUAAUUAUUAGUUAACUGAUCUCAUUUGUAAAUACAAUGUACAUUGUACAUUUUUAUGGGUGUGUGUGUGUGUUCGUGUGUGUGUGCAUGUGUUUGUGUGUGUCAGCUUUUACAGUGGAUGCUGCGUGUUUUAGUUGCAAAAAGGAGGAUUCAGUGAAAUGAUUGUAAUCUAUAGAUUUUUUUAAUAUAGAAAAUGACUGAGAUUGAUAUUUAUCUGAGCUCAUAUGAUUUUUUUUUUUCGAAUCCUUACCAAGUUCAGAGAUUUACAUGUAUAUACUGUACUGUAUCAUGUUAAAAGUUGUCAAAAAAUGUAAUAUGAUGUUUGCAGUGUUGUUACUUUUUGAAUAAUAGUAAGUUUGAUUACUAUUAAGCUCAAUAAAGUGGCAACACCACUCAAACUGAAGUAAAUUUUUUAUGGCUUAAAUCUGUUUACAAGAAACAAUCAUGCUAUUGUGAUGGCUGUGUUUUUUUUUACAAGUUCAUUUUUUAAGCAAUUUUAAAGUUUUCACCUUGAAACUUUGAGUACAUAAUAAUCAUGAUGAGAUGUUGUAAGACAAGGGGCAAUAUUUUAGGAGUUUUGCCCCUUUUUAAGAAUUUUUGUUAAUUUGCCUAUGAAAUAGAAUAUUUUUAAAAUAUCAAAGCUUUCCUCAUGAAACUUGGAAAACUUUAUCUACAGUGUAUUAUAUAUCAAAAUGCUUGUAGUUUUGCAAGUUUUGUAUAUCUUACAUUAAUUUGCAUUUACAAACAGGUUUAUUUUCUUGAAUAGGCAUGAUUUUUGUCAAUUCCUGACCGUUUACACUAAAGUGGUCUAUAUAAGUUCUAAGCUUUGGUCACAAUCAUAAACUAAACUGAAUAUAUUUAUUUUCAUAUGAAUGAGAAGUCAUUUACAAAUUUUUGAUGUAUGUGGACAAUGUAUAACUAGUUUCAUAAGUUUAUAUACCACUUUCCUUAUAUGACAUCAUUCUUAUAUAAUAUGACACUGUUAUAUGGCAGUGUUCUUAUAUGACACUGUUCUUAAAUUAGAUGAAACUGUUAUAUGACAGUGUCCUUAUAUCACAGUGGUCUUAUAUGACACUGUUAUCAUCAUAAUGUGACACUAUUCUAUAUUAUAUGUCACAGAUAUUUUGUGACACCUAUCCAGCAGGUGCUACAGAAUUGUUCGAUGUCCACUUUUGUUUUUACUGCAGAUAAAAUGUUGAAUAUUCCAAGUGAGAGUAUCUAAAAUACUUCAUGUUUAAAUCAUUUAUCAAAACUUUUUUUCAUUAACCAUUGAUUAAAUGGUAAAGUAUUACAAAUAUAUCAAAAGUGAGUAUUUGAGGGUAUUCAAUUCAGUAUAUCUUUCAUAUCUGGUGCAAAUUAUAAUGUGAUUAUUUUUAUAUUUUGCCUGGUAUAAUUGUUUAAUUUGUCAAAGAAUGAAUGUCUUAUUGAAACAAGUUAUACUACAAUAAUGAUUGAAAUUUUUUUAUGUCCAAUUUGUUAAAACUGUUUACACAUCAUAAUUGUAAGUUUUAAAUAAUGUGUUUUGUUGCAAAUUAAUAUCAACAAAUUAAAGCAUUAUCAGAUAAAA